AUGUCAGAUACAUGUAUUGUGUGCUUAGGCGACCUUGGCGAAGGCGAUGCCGCUGACGUCGUGCCAAGCCUACUCACUGCAACAAGCCAGCCGCCCAAGGAGAACACUGCCAUUGAGGCUGUUGAGAUCGCCCAUCUGCUUCCCUGUGGCCAUAACCUACAUAAUGAAUGUCUAAAGCCCUGGGUUGAACGAGCAAACAGCUGUCCGAUUUGCAGACAGAACUUCAAUGUUGUCGAGCUGGUAACCAAAGUUGGAGCAACAUUUUUUGAUAGAACAAUACUGACCGUAGUUUCGUUUGCAGGGCCUGCCAUAUCUUCAUAUGUCGUGGAAGACCGAAUUCAGGUCGCUGAUAUUGACCCGUCUAUGCUUGGGGAUGACUUGCUUGAAUACACUGACGAGUUUCAGCCCUGUUCAAUAUGCGGUGACGACGACAACGAAGCUGUACUUCUGCUAUGUGAUGGGUGUGAUAUUGCAUGUCAUACAUACUGUCUGGGCUUAGAUUCUGUCCCGUCUGGACCAUGGUUUUGCAUGCAAUGCAAUUCUCAACGUGCCCUUUCAACUCCUGCCCCUGCCCCUUCUCUUCGUGUCUCCCGUCGACGCACCAGGGCAGAUCAACUGAGGCAUAUCGCCAAUACUCAAGUAAAUGCUCUUCACUGGGCUCGAGUGUGGCAGUCCGUCUGGGACCAGCUUCAUCUUGAUCUUGACUUUCCGUUUGAUGAUGAAGAAGAAAAUGGAGUUAGCCGCACUCUACUCCAACGAAGGCAAGAGGAGACGAAUCUUAGAGAGUUUCGAGCCUGGCAACGACGAAUUCGUGUUGCUGAACGUCAAGGCGGAUCGAGCAGGUUACGGGAAGCCGUCCCCGCUCUCCUCGAAAUGCGCAGAGGCUGGCCAUCGCGACCACGGCCUAGGAUUCAAACUCCAGAACCAGAAUCUAUAGAUGAAAUUAGAGCUUGGAAUGCCUUUGAGCGAGCAAACGCUGUCCAGGAAGGGACAUCAUGCAAUAAAAGGAAACGAAAAUCUCCUACUGCCUCUCCGGUGGAGCCCGAGCCCGCCCAGCCAGAAAGAAAGCUCAAACGACCACGAACCAAACGUCCAGAGGCUCUAGCAGAUAUCCUUGAUCAUGGAGGAGAAUCAUCGAGCCGAGGCAGUGGCAGAUUACCCAAUGGCGAUGAUCAGCCACUCAAUAGUCACUCUCCCCCUUCAGGACCAAGCUUCCUUCAGUCCUUGCUUAAGGAAGUGGAAGAGUCAUCAACACCCAACAUGCAUACUGUCCCGCUUCGACUAGCCUCAUCUCCCUAUAACCCCACAGAAAUGAGCUCUUCCGGCCCCUCAUCGCCCGCUCUCUCCCCUCUCUCCUCUAGCCGUUCCUCUUCUCGUCCAUCAUCUACCACUCCACCACCGCGGUCUGUUGACUCCGCACCAAGCGACUUCAACUUUUCCUCUCCAGAAUUUUCCCCUUCCCGCUCUCCUGCUCCCACACGCAAUCCAUCGUCAGAAGAAAGUUUACGGCGUUCUCGAAGGCGUAUACCCGUUGGUCUUCAACCUUGCCAUGACCUAUCUUCCUCAUCUCAUCCUUUGCGAUCUAAUGAAUCAUCACCUACACGUGGUUUAUCUCUUUCCACCAAAUCACACCUCCAAAGGAUGGUCAGCUCCGCCCUAAAGCCAUAUUAUCGUCGGAAGGAAGUUUCAAAAGAAGAGUACACCGAUAUUAAUCGCAGAAUAUCCCGUCUGCUUUAUGACCAGGUCGAUGCAUCUGGUGCCCUUGACUCUGAAACCAAGUCAAAGCUCGCUAUCAUUGCCAGUGAAGAAGUCAACAAAGCCGUUUCUAUGCUACGAGAUCUCAGGGCAAACGAAGCUAGUGACAGCAGUGGCGCUGGAUCGGCGCUAACUUCGUCCUGA